AUGGCCACCAAAGCCCUCGCUCCAACCUACCACGACGUUGAGAUCAGUACCAAACUUGGUGAUGCAACUGUCCACUAUAUCGAGGCUGGAGACAAAUCGAAACCGGUGUUGCUUCUUCUAAUGGGCUUUCCAAGCUCCUCGACGCAUUACCGGGACUUCAUACCUCUGAUGGCAGAUCAAUACCACGUCCUGGCCCCCGACUUCCCAGGGUUUGGCCUGACGAAAGUGCAGGGCGAUUUCGUAUAUAGCUUCGAUAAUCUGGCGACUGUCAUCUCGGCCUGGCUGGAGAAGAUGGGAGUCACCAGCUAUGCGAGCUAUAUAUUCGACUACGGUUCUCCCAUUGGCUUUCGUCUUGCUCUGGAGAAGCCGUCUGCUGUCAAAGCAAUCAUCACACAGAACGGCAACGCAUACGACGAAGGCUUCGGCCAGGACUUUUGGGCACCAAUCUUCAACCUCUGGGAUACGGAAAACAGCCAGGAGGCCCGCGAUAUCGUCCGUGACAGCGUCCUUACGCAGGCCACUACCACGUACCAGUACUACAUGGGAGUUCCAGACGCGGACAAGCACUUGGUCGACCCGGAGCAACCCAUCAGGGAUUAUCUCCAGAACGUUGCCGGAAAGGAGAAUCAGGAGCAUCAGCUGGACCUCUUCUACGACUACCGCAACAACAAGGCGGCCUAUCCGAAAUGGCACAAGUAUCUCGAGGAGAGCCAAGUGGCUGUGCUUGCUGUCUGGGGCAAAGGUGAUCCAGCGUUCAUUGCGCCGGGCGCUGAGGUUUACAAGCAGCACGCUAAGAAUGCGGAGGUUCACUUGCUGGACGCCGGACAUUUUGCUCUUGAGACGGUGAGGUGGGAGAUUGCGGCUUUGUGUAAGAAGUUCUUGGAGAAAAUAGACUUCUAG